GGUUCCACUGGGCUUCCUUGCCCCCCUUUCUGCUUUCAUUUGGGAGAAUGUGAAGCCACUUGAACAAACUGUUCUUUGGGGGCGUUUUUUCUUUGCUCACGUAUAAGGCUCACUUACCAGUUUGAAGUUUGAAUCUCCAAACCAAAACGUGAUGUGGAAAAAGAGUUUUCUUGUGUUCCUUUUCUCUCUUUCAGUUCAAAAGGCUGCACUGGAUUGUGAGACCAUGAAAAAAACAAACGAAUUCCUUUCUCCGAAGUUGUCCUCAAAAACUGAUGCAAUCAUGAAGGGUCAAAAUGUAUCUCUAAUUUGUUCCAAUGAGAACAAAUCACUACAGAUCACCUAUGAUUUGUUUCAGGGUAAGAAACACCUGAUAAACCAGCAGAGAAAAGGUGAACCCAUGAUUUUUAACAUAAGCAUUUCAGAACCCCAGGAUUUGGGCCCCUACAAAUGCAAAGCCCAAGUUUCUAACUGUUCAAAAUACAGUCAACAUUUCGACUUCAUAUUUGUCGAACCAGUGACUACACCAGUGCUGAACAUUAGUGCCAUUCAAACAGAAACAGACCAAUAUAUAACACUACGCUGCAUCUCAUUUAAUGGCUCUCUGCCCAUCAAUUAUACUUUCUUUGAAAAAGACAUCGCCAUAUCACCCACUAUUUCCAAGAAUGUCAGGGAGCCUGCUGAAUUUAACUUAACCAAGAGGAACACUGGAGAAGGGGAAGAGUAUAGGUGUGAAGCUAAAAACAGAUUGCCUGACCAUGCAGAAUACAGUCGACCCUUCACCAGGCCCUCAACAGGCGCAGAUGGCUGUCCUUUCUGCCUGCAGCUACUGCUUCCGGGGUUAUUACUGCUGCUAAUAGUAAUAAUCCUAAUUCUGGCAUUUUGGAUACUACCAAAGUACAAAACAAGAAAAGCUAUGAGAGAUAAUGCACCCAGAGACUAUGGAUAUACACCCAAGGAAGUUGGAAUAUAUGCAAAUAUCUGUCAAAAUCAAGCAGAUGAGGCAUCUGUGCCAGGCUUGGAACCGAGGCAGUGUGUUUCCACAGCCCAAGAUGGGACUCGACACUCCCAGGAGAUACAUUAUGCGACCCCCGUGUUCCAGGAGGUGGCGCCAAGAGAUCAAGAAGCCUGUAAUGAUUGUAAAACUGGAUAUGUCUAUUCUGAACUCAACUUCUGAAAUUUAAAAAUACAAACUACAUCUCAGGGUAAGAUGCUUUUUAUGAAGCUGAUU